CAUAUUUACCAGUGUGAAUGUAGUUUAUAGCUGUGAGAUGGAGAAACAAAUUGACAAUUAAACGGAGCUGAACCGUUUCUAGGAGUGAAAUCUCCCCCAUAUUCAGUUAGAGGGCAGCAUGUGAACAUCAUCAGCAUUGUGACACAUGCAAACACAAUGUGAGCUGCAGAAUGAGCAUUAAUUAUAGAUACUUGUUUGUGUGCGUGUGUGUUAAUGGCAGAUACCAUGUCUUGGUCCCUGCUGAGUGGCUCUCAGCAGGACUCAUUAGGCCCAGGCCCCAGACACAGUCACUCAGCUAUAGCCUAUCAGGGCUGCGUGUACCUGUUCGGAGGCUUAAAAGGUUUACGGGAGCAGAGAGACUUCUGGAAGUGGAAUUCCAGCAGCCAGACAUGGAGUUCACUCAAGGGUAAUUUUAAUAAAGUAACAUGGCGCAACACGCCAUAUAGAAAUAUUAUCACACACGCUGUGCAAGGCAGAGAGUACGAUCACACAUGGAUCAGCAGUUUAUCGACUACAGCUCCUGGUGCUCCCAGCUAUUCUCCCAUUCAGGCACAACUGUGGUCCAAACAGCACUUCCUGUCUGACUGGUACGGCCCUCCUAAACUCACAGGACACUCAGCUGUCACCUAUAAAGAUUCAAUGCUCCUUUUCGGUGGAGGCGAGACCCAGGACUCUCCAAAGAACUGCCUGUGGAGAUACAGCUUCAUCACUCAGACCUGGAUGCAGCUCACCACACUCCCGGGCUCCAACCCCCCAGACAAGAUCCACCACUGCUGCACUGGUCUGGGUCCCAGCUACAAAACCAGUAGCACCAGCAAGAGCUUCUGCUCAGACUCAGGACUCCAGCCCAGGUUACUGGGAGGGAAACUCAAGCCGUUUAAGAACAAGUGCUUCCCAGCACCAGAUAACGCUAUAGAGCUGGAGACUUUCACUCCAGACAGAGAAGCCAACAGAAGUUCUUCAGAACUGGAGACCAGCAGAGAGGCCUUAAUAGAGAUAGAUGGUCAGCGUAUUGGAAGCUGCCUGACAUUUGAGAACAAAGCAUUCAUGAAACAUUGGAGCUGCUCAGAGGAGGAGGCGCUGGAGGGCAAGGAUGGAGACAUCACUCAGCAUCUGCCCGACCUGCUGCUGGUGCUCGGCGGAAAACCUUGUACGAGAACCAGCCCCAUCUCCAUGUGGCAGGUGACGAUGAUUGACUGAAUAAACGAUUCUGUUCUCUGCGUGAGAAGCAGGUUUUAAUAGGUGUUACAAGCUUUCUGUGAAAAAGAAAACAUGAAAUAUUUUUAUACUUUUGUACAGUUUCAGUGUUUUGAUUUUUACAUUUUUGUAAAAUGUGUACACAAAGGAACAAAAUCGGAGAAAAACAGGGAUUUGGCAGUCUGAUAUUUGACUCAAAAAGCUGAAUCGGGCUGAGCUCUGUGUUCUGUGUUUCAUAAACUAGGCGUCAGCAGUGUGGAGAAGUUGGAUACUGCUGCACUGACAGGUUUUCUUUGAUGUUUGCAAACGUUUUUUACUCCCCAGCAACUGCUGCAAACUGAACCGACUCCACUAAAAGGCUUGGUUUAACACUUUUUGGGAAGCUCUCGCUAUGGUUACAGUAACAUGCUGUAGAGCACAUCAUUAAUAUGAUUUGCCUUCUCCUGUGUCUGUCUGCUCCACCCUGUGUGUGAGGAGGUGCAUCACAGAGACUGAGAGCGGAGAAAGGAGAAACUAACAUGACUGUAAAUAACUGGAGGAAAGACUCCCACACUGAGCUGUAAGGAGGACAAACAAAGCAGGUCAUCGUUUUAUUUAUUUUGGUCCUGUAGUCGUUUAUUCCUGUAUUAAUAAAGACAGAAUCAGUG